CGCCARGCAGGAAGAACGAAAGCACUGGUGCAMAGGAGAAUCGAAAGCUUUUCUACCAUGGUUUUGUCGACGUCUCAGGUAACUCUGAAAUCAUCGCAGCUCAGGGCCGUAUAUCGGAUGCUUGCAUUCAACGAAGACAUUGAUGCUCUCGAGGACGAAUUUUCAUUGCCACCCGCUGGUUCUUCCCACAAUCAAUGGAAAAUAUUGAUUUACGACCAAGAGUGUCGAAGCAUUAUUUCUCCGCUGCUCAGCGUGAGUCAACUCCGCCGUCGCGGGGUCACUCUCCAUCUGUUGCUGAAUUCCGAACGAGAGCCGAUUCCGGAUGUGCCCGCAGUAUACUUUUGCCGACCGACCAAAGAAAAUCUAUCUAUUAUUGCGCAAGAUUGUGCCAAGAARCUCUAUGGGAGAUCCCACUUGAAUUUUGUGACGAAACUAGACAGGACGCUGAUGGAGGAUUUUGCUAAACUCGUCGUACAAUCCGGCACGUUAGACACCAUCGCGGGUGUUCACGAUCAGUACUUGGAUUUUGUUUGCCUGGAACAAAAACUUUUCAGUCUAGCCAAGAAAGAUUCGUAUGCGCUGUACAAUGGAUCGGGCGUGAACGAACAAAUGAUUGAAGAAGCCAUGAAUGAAAUCGCCUAUGGCCUGUUCAGUGUAGUUGCGACGCAGGGAAAAGUSCCAAUCAUACGGUGUCCAAGGGUAAGUGGAAAAGGGAAUAGAACCCUGAAGGAGCGGAUAAAUACCGUAAAGACAGUACAUUCCGUCGCUAAYACGACAUUCUUUUUCAUUGAUUUUCUCCGUGAAUGACGGUAUUCAAAUAUUCCCUCGUACAACUCUCGGAUGCUGCACUCAUGGAAUGGAAAAAAAUCGUCGUUACUGGUUUCAGGGAGGUGCCCCCGAGAUGGUGGCUCGCAAAUUAAAUCGCAUGAUUGCCGAACAUCCAACUUUGUUGAGAAAUAAGUCGAGUGGCCUUCACAGACCCCUGCUGGUUGUUCUUGAUCGCAACACCGAUCUGAUUACUCCAAUCCAGCACACAUCGACGUACCAGGCUUUGAUUGAUGACAUGCUGAAACACAAGGCCAACAGAGUGGAAUUCGACGUCAYAACCGAUACUAUGGCAAAACGCCCCAAGACAGUUCAAAAGAAGUUUGAUUUGGAUCCCGAUCAAGAYCCGUUCUACAGUCGCCACAAAUUCCACCCGUUUCCGGAGGCUAUUGAAAGUAACGGAGUAGAUCUGCAAGAAGUGACCGCUAAAGAACAAUCCAUCCGCAGCAAGGCUACAGGAAAUGAAAUACCGGACCCAUCGUCCUCUGCAAGCGAUCUGGCCACUGCUGUCGAUUCCCUGCCAGCACUUUUGGAGCGCAAGAAGCAGCUCGAGGUUCACACCAGUAUUUUGCAGGCCGUAAUGAACCAAGUGGCAGCACGAGAUGUCCCGCAAUUCUUUGAACUAGAGACAUCCUUGGCAACGGGCUCUUACAAAAACGACCCAAACCGUGCCAAAAACGAAGUUAUGGAGCUAGUAGCAGAUCCGAGUAAGGGAAAUAUCGAUGAUAAAUUGCGAUUAAUCGU